AUGGGCAGGUUAGCAAGCGAUGAUCUUGAAGCCCGACUGUCCGAGAGUUUAGACUCUUCCCAUCUUGACUGGCUUCUGGGGGACAUUGUGGCAAGAGAAGAGACGGCGGUCAACUGCUUGGCGGUCAUCUCUGACCCCCAUUACAACCCCUUCUUCAGCCCCUUGUUCUUCCACAGCGUUCAGAACAUUCCUGUAUUCAUUAUCAAGGUACAAGAGUCAGAGGAUCUUCUAGCUCCGAACUACCAGACGGUGAAGACCAUACAGCAAGUGCGACACCAGGGUUGCACCUUCUACAUCAUUCUUCUGACCAAUGGCAACCAGGCUGUACGGUUGCUUCGAUUUGGUGACAAGUAUCGCCUGUUAGACACCAGGGCCAGGUUCGUGUUGCUCCAUGACCAGAGAUUGCUGGAACCUCCAGCUCAGUAUCUCUGGAACAAGAUGAUAAAUGUGGUGUUCCUCCGUAAUAUACCAGGAACUCUCCACUACGAACUGUCCACUGUCCCCUUCCCUGCCCAGAUACAGACAACUCUGGAGACUAUGCGUAUCAACAUCUGGAGAAAAGGACACUUCCAGUCAGGGAAGAGUCUGUUCCCGGACAAAACCAGAGAUAUGAAAGGUCAUCCUGUGAGUGUGGUGACUUUUCCCCACAUUCCCUCAACAGCUAGGUCAGCUAACACGUCAGGGGAAGAAGGAGAAGCGCUGUACAGCGGUUUGGAAGUCGAGAUCAUAAAGAGCCUCUCCCAAGUGAUGAACUUCGUACCACUGAUGUACGAGGUGGAAGGAGGGGAUGAGUGGGGGGAGCGGCAGCUGGAUGGUUCCUACACAGGGUUGCUGGGGGAGGUGAUGGGAGGGAGAGCUCAGCUAGCUAUCGGCAAUCUGCAGCACUCUCUGUACACCCUCCGUCUCGUGGAUCUCAGCCGACCUUACAUGACUCAGUGUUUCACCUUCCUCACACCAGAGUCGCGCAGUGACAACUCCUGGCAGACUCUCGUACUGCCAUUCUUGUUGAAUGUUUGGGUAGCUGUGCUCGUCACUCUUUUCCUUGGAGGCUUCAUCUUUUUCAGUCUUGCUCAAUUUCAUCGGUAUCUCGAAAGUUCCCACCAACGGCAUUACAAGCGAAAACACAACAUCCAGCGAAAAAUGGCAUGGUUGAAAAACCUUAACUUGGCCACGUUUUCACUCAAGAAGAAGCAGAAUUUCAACAGAAGAGACGCCGACGAGGAGAGCGGAAACCAACAAGGGGUGACACCGCUGAUGGAUGGAAACACAAUGAAAGAAAGUCAAGGACUUUUUAUAUUUGAAGAGUUAGAGAACAGUAUCUUGUACACGUACGGGAUGCUGGUGUCAAUCUCUUUACCGAAGAUGCCGAGUGGGUGGGCUCUACGUAUGAUGACUGGCUGGUGGUGGUUCUACUGCCUCCUGGUUAUCGUCUCGUACAGAGCCAGUCUGACUGCAAUCCUCGCUAAACCAGAGCCAAAAGUGACAAUCGAUACAUUGUACGAGUUAGUCAACAGUCCGGUGCGGUGUGGAGGAUGGGGGGAACCUGAGAGAUUGUUCUUCACCACUUCGUUCGACCCAGACAUCCACAAGAUAGGCCUCAAGUUCGAGACAACCCCAGACGCAGACCGAGGUGUUGACAGAGUUGCCUCGGGAACAUUCGCCUACUACGAGAACAGCUACUUCCUCCUCGAGGCUAUCACCCGGUACUGGAACAGGACAAAGAACAAUAGCCUGAGCGGGAAAGAAGAGAACAAAACCAUGAAGAACAGAAACCUGCACAUUAUGUCAGAUUGCAUCAUCCUAAUGCCGAUCAGCAUUGGGUUGGAGAAGAAUUCCCCGCUGAAGCCGCGGGUGGAUGUGUUCAUCCAACGGGUGGUGGAGGCGGGGUUGAUUCACAAAUGGUUGCGGGAUGUGAUGAAGGAGUCCCAAGAUCGCUAUCUUUCUCAGCAGAAAGAACAAGUACAAGCCCUCGUGAACCUGAGGAAGUUUACAGGAGCUCUGGUCGCUCUGGGGGUCGGCUAUGGGAUCAGCCUCACUGCAUUCAUUGCAGAAAUCCUACACUGGCACUUCGUCAUCCGGAAGGACCCACUCUUUGAUAAAUACUCAAUGUCACGGUUCUAUUUCUGUAAAAAGUUUAAAUAAUGUAGAAUGCAAGUAAUCCUGGAAAGUGCUUUUCAUUCAAACUUUUGGUGUCCCUUCUUUUGGAGGUACACUUCGCUUGAUUUUUGGAAUCCGCUUUUAAUUCCUGAUGCUUAUCACUCGUUCUUUUGUUUUAUGGUGGAAAAAAUUUGUUAUUUUUAACAUUUCUUUUAGAAAAUGCUAAUUUUAUCCCGGUUAAUUUUAAGAUUACGUAACUUACAUGUUUUU